AUGGCUUAUUCCAUCAUCCUCAGCAAUACCAGUGGUCAGCAGUGUGCCCAGGAGAGCAGCGAAGAGAAUCUGUUCUUCUCCUCCUUCUACGGGGUGGUUUUCGUGCUGGCUUUUGUUGGCAACAUUCUUGCCGUGUGGGUUUUCUCCUGCGAUAAGAAUGCUAACACAACCACUAACAUCUACCUGAUGCACCUGGCAGUGGCCGAUCUCUCUUACGUGCUGAUCCUGCCCAUGCGGAUGGUCUACCACCUGAGCCAGAACCAUUGGCCGUUCGGUGAGGUACCCUGUCGUAUCACUGGCUUCCUCUUUUACCUGAACAUGUAUGCCAGCAUCAUCUUCCUGACCGGCAUCAGUGCCGAUCGCUUCCUGGCCAUUGUGUACCCGGUUAGGUCCAUGCGCAUCCGGAAGCCACUCUACGCCAACGUGGUCUGCGUCGUCUUGUGGGUGGUCAUCGUGGUGGGGGUGGCGCCAAUGCUCGGGGCGCCACAAACCCUCCAGGCAGGCAACACCACCACCAUGUGCCUCCAGCUGUACCGGGAGAAGACCUCCAGCUUCGCCCUGGUGCCCCUCACGGUGGGGUUCGUCGUUCCAUUUGUGAUCACGGUGACCUGUUAUUUACUGAUCAUCCGCAGCCUCCGCAGGGGGAACCGCAUCGAGAGGCACUUGAAGGACAAGGCCAUCAAAAUGAUCAUCCUGGUGCUCACUAUCUUCCUCAUCUGUUUCGUGCCUUACCACAUCAACCGGUACGUUUACAUCCUGUUCACCAGCACCGCCCAAUCCAGCUGUCGAGACAGGAAGCUUAUUGCUCUCAGUAAUCGCAUCACCUCCUGCCUAACCAGCCUCAACAGCUGUCUCGACCCCGUCGUUUACUUUUUUGUGGGGGAGAAGUUUCGAGAGCGGUUCUGUCACUUUGUCUGCGGCCAGAGGAAACGAGCACAGUCCGUCAGCCAUGAGACCAAAACAAACGAGAGCUCCCUCAGCGGCAAGUCUGAGCUGUAG